AUGGGCAACAAUAAGGAGGCCCUCACGCUCAUCAUCGAGCAGCUGGGUGACGUGAAAAGGGCAAUAAACUUUGCGAAAGAGCAACACGAUGACGAUCUCUGGGAAGGUCUCCUCAAGUACUUCGAAACACGCCCAAGGCUCAAGGGCGCGCUUAUGGAGAUCCUGCACGAUCUCAACCUACAAGCGUCACUCCUUGAGAGAUGCCAGACCAUUCUCAAUGGGGACGCUGCGGAACUUGCCCGUCAAUUACACCGAAAUCAAACAUGCAGGUUUUUCCUGAGUGGUGCGCGCUGUUAUUCUGAGUCUAUUGUACCCUACGGUCUCGAUGUAGUUACCGGCUCGUCCAUAAACCUGUUAAGCACCCACCACAUGGCUCAACAAGGCCUCGACCAAGGCUUCGAUGGGAGCUGGGGAGACGCGGGCAUCCAACAGCCCCCUCAACCUGCUCCUCCCGAGGCCGGGGUGAAUCCCACUGACACUGCUGACCGCAUUCUCUUCCAGGCUGUCGCUGCACUUGGACGACACCAAGAUGCGUUUGCGAACAACCAGCAGCUGCAGAGCGCUGCGCUCGAGUCGCUUGCCCGCAGCAUUCACGAGUUGCGGCAGCGUGUGUCUGCGACACCCGCGCCGUCAACAUCUGCCGGACCACGUAACAUCAAAGUACGCGAUCCCCGUAUGUUCAACGGGAAGUCCUCGGAGGUCGUACCAUUCCUCCGAGAGUCGCACGUCGCGAGGAACGAGCGACCGGGGCGCAGCACCAUCAGCUUCCACUUCUAUCAAACCUUCGAGAUUAAUCCGAACUUCUUGCGAAAGAAGACUUCUAUGAUCCGUGAUUGGAUCAAAGAACUCGGACCCAUCUAG